GGGAUAUUAGUCAAACUAAAAUUUUCGUAGCAACGUAUAUUUACCAGGCUAUUGGUACUUAUAUCUUAGCAACUGCUGUUAUGGCCUAUGACUCUAUUGUGUGUUGCUUACUGCUUCAUGGCGAUUUGCAAUACAAGCGUCUUCAGAUUAUGCUAAGGAAAUUAGGACAUGAGCCCCCUACUGGUCUGGCUAAUACUGAGGUAGCCGAAACCCCAACCAAUAGAAAACAAUGCAUUUACUACAACGAAAUGGUUAAAUGCAUCCUUUUCCACAAAAAUGUAAACGAAUUCAUUGGCGAAGUGGAAAAUAUUUUCAAGGAUGGUAACUUUACGCAUUUUGUAGCAUCGUCAUCAGUAAUAUGUAUGACAUUGUAUGAUUUAAUCACUACAACUGAUGACAAUGUCCUUGUAUAUAUUUCAAGAAUGGUUUACUUAACGGGAUUGACCUUUGAACUAUUUUUGUUUUGCUACGGGGGAUAUGAAGUUACUUAUUCGUCAAGUCAACUUGUCUACAGUGCAUUCUCAUCAGAUUUCCUAAAAUUUGACAAAGCUACAGCUCAACUAUUACAAAUCUUUAUGCUUAGGACCACUCGAGAGAGGACUAUUAAAGCAGGAAGUAUCAUUUCACUAAGUCUAAAUCUUAAUACAUUCCUUCAGCUUAUGAAGAGUUCUUAUACUUUUUUAGCCGUUCUUCAGUCAUUACAACCCUAAGCAGGUUCUAAGUAUUGACUUUCAACUUCUUAACGUUACCACGACUUAACGC